AUGGCGGCUUCUUCUGCGAACUUUCCUCCAUAUGCGGCCGCUGUGCAGAAGAUGGUAGGUAGCCCAGCAGUACGGAGUGGACGGGGAAAGGAAAAGAAGCAGAGAAUCAGGAAAUCGAAAGUGGUUUUGCAACGCGAGAAGCUCGCAGGACUCAGAGACAAAGCAACAAGACGCGUCUGCUCAGAGGUACACGCAGUGUCAUUACCAGUUGUGACGAAGGGUCCAAAUGCGCGCCUUCCUGCAAACGCAAGGCAGCAGGGUAACAACAACACAACGCCUACUCGCAUCCCAACGACCUCACUCGCCUCACAAACUAACCCUCCAGUGAUGCACCCACAUAUCCUACCUCCUGAGCAACGGACGGCAGAGAUGCAGGCACUCCAGGAAACUAUGCCGGAUCGACAAUGGGUUUGCACAGACGACAAACAUCCUCUGCAGCAGCCGUUAGACGCAAAGAGAGAGCGAGAGGUUACAAACGAAGUAGUGUCCAAGAAACAGACCACGGUGAAGAACAAGAGGAGGAAGCGGGGGAAGCGUCAUCAAGUCCGGCAAGGCGCUGCACAACCCAUCUUCAUCAAGACCGAGUCCGUUGACGACAGCCCAGACACAAGGCGCGACUCUGCCUAUGGCAAUGAGUUGAAUGCAUCAAGUUCUCCAAAACAUCGAAGAUGGACUGGGCCUAAGACAGACAGCAUCAUCGAUAUCGUCGCACUGUGCACCUAUCCAGGCCAGACUAUUAAGCCGAGUUCGUUCAGUGGCCUCUUCACCCUCCAAAGAAGAAUCGAUGCCGCCGUUAAUGACCAAGGCCCUCUUAGAAACAUCUUACGCAACCUUCCACGCGACAUCACUUUGACUGUCGAGCGAAAAGAAGCCAUCUGGGUGGCACAAGGCAAGCUCAAUAGGAUAGUGGACGAACGACGACGUGGGCGCAGACUACAGAAACUCGACCGUUACCUUUCAUCUGGUCGCCGGAUCCCAGUUGAUCGCUACGUUCCGGGCGUCCCCUACAACCCCAUUCCGCACAUGCUGGCCAUGAAGGUGUUAUCAGAAGUAGUGGCAUAG